AUGAGACCGGUUGCUAGCAUCACUAUCGAGAUACAAGUCUAUAAGAAAAACUCCAACAACGAGUUUGGCACACCUCACAUCCUGCGCCCGCUCAUCAGCGUCAGAAUUCCAGUCCCUCAAGCAUCACAAUUAGACUUGGAGAAUCUCAUGAGACUUGCUGAGAGAAUGAAUUCCCCAAAUCAUGGUGAGUCCCCAGACGAUCGCAGGAGAAGGCGCUCUAGCAGAGACGACCGCGAGAGGACUCUCGCUCUGAUCGCCGAGGCGAAGACUCGUCGCCCAGGAAACACCGUGACCGCUCCGAAGACAGGACUCGUAGAGAGAGGCGUCGUAGUCGAUCGGCUAGUCGCGAUCGACGCCAUUCCAGCCGUCGUCGUGAUGAACCUCAACGCCAUCGAAAUGACAGGGAGAUCAGUCCUAGGGAAGAACGGAGCGGAGAGCAUAAAUCAGAACGGAAGAGGGGAGAGUCCAAGGCAGCCGCCUCCUCCUCCUCCUCCUCCACUGGAGCGUCGAGGACCCUUCACUCCGUUUGGCAAGGGCAGCGGCAAGGGAUCCUGGGGAAAGGGCAGGUACGGUGACGGUCCAUUCGGUAAAGGUAAAGGAAAGGGGUUCAGCGGUAAAGGCUGGUCUAGCGGGUCGCGAGGAUUUGUUUGGAAGCAUGACAAAUUCGAGGAGGAAAUCAAAGCAGAGGAGCAGAUCCAGGAAGAAGAAGAAGAGAAAGAGUCUGAAAAGAAAGAGACUCCACAGGAAAACUCGCCUGCCUCCACAGCCCGUAGUAAGCCGAUCAAAUUUGAUCUUUACGCUGAAAAACUGGACGAUAAUGUGGUCCAGGCAGUGCUGGACAACGUCAGGGAGAGAAUUGAUAAACGUCGUGAUGCAAUGAAGCAGAAGAGGGAGGAGCGCGAGGCUGAGAUUCAGAAAAUGAUCGCUGCGGGCGAGGAUCCUUUCGCGAAGAGGCCCCGUGAGGGUCGAAGAAUUACUCAAGACGGAAUGCGACCAUCAAAUCGUGGAGAACUUGAGAGAGGAGUGGUUGAUGGAAAUGCGAGAGAUGAUGAAAUUCAGCGAAAGUCGCUGCCAGCUCGACGGGAGUUCGAGAGGGACGAAGCCGAGGGAGGAAAUCGGCGCAAAGAACCGGAGUCCGUCCGCAGACAAGAAUCAAUGAGUCCAAAGAGAAACAGAGAAGAUGCUCGUCGGGGCUCUAGGGAGGAGGAGAAGGAGGAGCGCGAAAAUAGGAGGGAGAGAGAAAGUUCAGGGCUGAGGCAUCAGCAUAGAGGCCUGAAGAUGGAGCAACAGCAGGGGCACGGCAAUCUAGGAGUCAUAGGAGAGAUAGAGAUCGCAGACAAUCACCUCCCACUACGAGCAGACGAGAUCACAGGUCCCGCAGCGGUGACCGUAGACAGAGUGACAGACGAAGGAGGAGUUCCAGCAGGAAUUCGGUACACGGUGAAGCUGCAUAUUUUUGGUGGUCGAUCCGGUGCUGGUGACACAUGGACGGUGUAUCGUCGCUAUAGCGCUUUCAACGAGACCGAUCAUAAACUCUACAGAUUACUCGUCUCGGCCUCAGAGGCCGUACGGGAUGCGGUGCAUCUACCAGAACUACCACCGAAGACCUUGCUCGUUCCUCGCCUCGACGCUGAGUUCGUCGCCAAGCGCCGGGAGGGCCUUCAGAUCUACUUGGACAGCCUCUUGCCCUCUCUGGUGGCCAUGACGCCUAGCAUGCAGAAUGUGGUGUGUGAAUUUCUGGAAGUGCCCAUCACUGCUCGCCCGGGCCUUUGCAAUCCCUCUGUUCCGAUGUCAGGGCGGGUUCCACCCAGCGAAGUGAGUGCUCAAUCGUUCACGGAGCAGUUGCAUGGUCCUUACAGCAUCGACAACUCUUUGCAGCCGAUCAGUUCGCUACCCGCAUCUUCCGGCACUCGCAGCGAAAGCCGAAUCAAGAUGACGCCUGACGAAACAGCAAGGGCCAAGUUGGAAGCCUUCGUGGGGAAGCUAGCGCAAGUUCCCGAGCUAGAUGAGACGGCAGAUGAAACAAGUUCUCUCGGGGAUGGCGUCGACGACGAUUCCGUUGGCAAUGAUAAAGUACAGGCCAUUCGAGAUUUCGAAUGUUGGUUCAUGCAAAACAAACCUCAAUUUCGAGAGCUCUCCAUUCAGCUCCUCUUCGUGGGGUACGACCCUACUGGUCGGUCAUAUGUCUACAACGAGAAUCCUCACCCACGCAUCGGUGACAGCGAGCGCCCCGUUGGUCUCCUGCCAGAAAUUGGGAAUUUUUCGGAGGAUCCUCCGGUGUCCGCAUGCGCCGCCCUCGGGUUUCUGCGGAAACUGCUAUCGUUCGAGUACAACGCUGACGCCGGUAUAUACACCCACGUGUUCAAAGCCUCCCCACUGUUCAUCAUUCAAGGCAUGCAUCUGGACAAGCAUAUUCGCUUGAACAGAGGUCAGUCUAGUCGUUUGGAUGCGUUUCAAAUCACGAGGACGAUCAGUCCUUCCAGAGACCCACUGCUCGAUAUCUUCAAUGGCGACGAAUGGGCGGUCUCGGAGUAUUCGACAUGGCUCAAAAUUCUCGGCGGUGGACCGGCUAUCUCUGGGAUGAUCGGAGGCCCGCCUGGCGUGUUAGUUCAGCGACGGACUCAUGCACCGAGGAUUAUGAAAUCUUCCGUCCAUGGCCCGAGUAGAGGCGGCUUGGACGUCCGCAAGAUUGCACAGGACGCUCUUCUCAAGGUCUCGACUUGCGUAUCGACGAUUACUUACGAUGAUGAUAUAGACGAUGACCAGAGGAAUGGCAGUGCUGAUGGUGGGUGCACUGUUAGGAGCCCUGCGGCGUUACUCAACACCAAGAUAGGCUCCGUUCGCGUCGACUACCACAGAUUGGCUACUACCCCUCCUGAGCAUAUGGCUAGGGCCAGGUUGCUUCAUUUGCCGUUCCAUCCAGAAUAUGUCGGCGCCCUCAUGUACGACCACAAGGCCUUCAUUGAGAACGUACUCGAACUUGACACAGAGGGGACGACGCCCAAACUGGUAGGCGGCAUACAGGGCGACUCGGAUAGCUCUAGAAGUGACUUCAAGGUUCGGGAGAAGCUCCUGGAGUUCUCUUACACUCACUACAAUCCUCUCCUGCACAACGUCAUGCUCUUGUCGCUACCAUCGAGACGGCAUGAUAUGUUGCCAGGCGAAUCGGCAGCAAGUCCCCGGAGUAUGACCAUGGCUGCUUCCGUAGGGUCGCCAGCGGCAGGGUCUGGACGAGGCAACUCAGUGCAAGAAGGAACAGGGACAUGCCUUUUGACCGAUCUCUUGGAUGUCGUGCUCAACGCGCCUAACUGCGCACCUGGUUUUGUGAAGAUGCAACUCUUGCGGGCUUUUAAGAAGCUGCCGGCUGAGGAUGGUGGCGGCUACCAAAUAGCGUACACUAGUGUCGACCUCGGUGACGAACUGGUCAGUCGAGGACCAGGAGUGCCGACUGGGGUGUGGCGUGGUCAUGAUUGCUGCGAAGUGUCUGCGGCCGCGAUUUUCGGGAUGGACAGUAUCAACCUCGUCAGCGGAGAUCUCUUGGGGGAGUACAUUUUUUUCUGGCCAACACUCGAGAAUUUCAUCUACAUCCUCCAGCACGUCGCGCCAUUGCUACCAGCUUACCCUUAUGAAUUUCACCAUCCUUUCAUCGAAUGGAUCUAUUCCGGGGUCGCACCUGACAGCAUGUGUCUUGGAGAGGCAGCUUCGCCGAGGAUGCCAAGGGGACGCUCAGGAUCCGCUGAUAGCUCGUCCGGCCUCGGGCGGUUCGGCGGGGCGGGUCUGGACCAUCCUGUCGAGCUUUCGGUGGAGUCCUGA